AUGCGAAACAAACUCAAACUAAGUAAAAUAAGUAAGGAUGCUUCGUGUACAAGUAAAAACCCUCUGCGAGCCACCGAGGUGAUAACGUUAUCAGAUGAGGAAACGUCACCGGUUGUAAAAGACAAAUGUUUAAAUGUUGCUGAAGGAAGCAUCUCAUCCUGUAAAGCUCAACCCCUGCAGGAGAAGAGGAGGGGGUGUCACGCUAAAGACAUUAAAAUCGCUCCUAUUUUCUUACGUAUAACACAGCAGGGUAAGGGUAAAAGGAGCAGUGAUGGUGGAUUUGAUCAACCAGAAGAGGAGCUGCAGAAAUCAGUGCUUCUUCCUAAAAGUGAUGAACAGAAAAGUCGGUUAUCAUUACCUGCAGGAGCUCACCUGACAGAGAGGAAGAGGUCCUGUAAAUGGCAGUUGUCAUCCUCAGCUGUCCUCGGCUGCCUGGAAGAAAUACAAACAUCUAACCCAGCAUUUCCAGUCCAGAGAGUGUUUGGUUUUCUUCAGGAGAAAAAUCUGGGAUCCUUAGCAAAAAACCCUUCAUAUUCAAGACAGAGCUGGUUUCAAGAGAAGAGGAAGCGGGGACAUGAAAGCUCUCAGAGGGCAUCUAAGCGCCCGAGGUCUAGUCUUACUACUACAGAGGACACCAUUGGUAUGAGUCAUAGUCACCUGUCAGUGCAGGAUGCCCAGGAAAGUCCCGUCCUCUCGGUGAAGAAGCAGCCCAGAAGCAGCAGGCUGAGCCGAACUCACAGAUUGAAGCAGCGAUGUCAGAGUGUAGGCCUGGUGAACAACUGUGAGACAAAUACUGAACACACAAAUCAGACAGAAUCACACAGCGAGUCACUCAUUACCUGUGGCAUUCUCCAAAGAGAUUCCAGUUUUGAGGAUGAGCUCUGGACAGACAAGUACAGUCCUCAGCAUUCAAGUGAAGUCAUUGGCAAUUCUGCUUUGGUGAAUAAAUUGCACAGUUGGUUGAAGAAAUGGAAACUAAGAGCCGACUGUGAGGAGAGGAGGAAAAAGGAGGAAAGAAAACAAGAGGAAAACAGCAGUGAUUCGUGGGACUGUGGAGACUUCCAGGGUGAGGCUGGGAUAGAGGGAGAAAGCUGGGAGCCACCAUGUAACACCAUGUUGAUUACGGGACCUUCAGGUGUGGGCAAGACUGCCUCAGUGUAUGCCUGCGCUCAGGAGCUUGGCUUCAAGGUAUUUGAGGUUAACUGCUCGUCACAGCGCAGCGGCCGCCACGUUCUUUCCCAACUGAAGGAAGCAACCCAGUCACACCUAUUGGAGACGUCGGGGAGAGAUCCUCUGAAACCUGCUUACUUCAACAACUACAACACUAAAAGCUGCUCACACAGCUCUGAUAAUCUACCUGGAAAAUCUGUGGCUCCCAAAAAUGUAAUCUCCAGUUCAAAGAAGAGACCAGCACAGAACCGCAAAGGAAAAGCUAAUCCAGCCACAGUUACUUUGGCAAACUUCUUUAAGAUGAAAGCCAAAGCAGAUCACUUACACUUUGGUGGCCUGUUGCUGUCUGAGAAUCCAGACAGGAAGAAGCCAGACAGUUCAUCUCAAGGCUCCGAUCAAACAGUGCCACAGAUUAAAAAGACGGCCACAUCACUCAUUCUGUUUGAAGAGGUUGAUGUCAUAUUUGAAGGCGAUGUUGGUUUCCUCCCAGCCAUCAAGACUUUCAUGACGACCACAAAAAGGCCGGUCAUUCUGACCACCAACGAUCCUUCAUUCAGAGAGAGAUUCUGCUGCAGCUUGGAAGAAAUCCAUUUCAAGACACCGUCAGCAAUGAAUGUGUGUAGCUACCUGCAGCUGGUGUGUUUGGCUGAGAAUGCCAAAUUGGAGUUGGACGAUGUUAUCAGCCUCCUCACGCUGACCCGAGGUGACGUCAGACGCUGUCUACUCCAGCUGCAGCUCUGGGUGAACAGUGGUGGAGGACGGACAUCUCAAAGGGAAGACAGUUUAGACUCCCAGCUUCAUCGACAUGACGCAGGCUGCUCUGCCAGCCUGCUGGGUCUCCACUCUGUGACCCAGAACCAUCUGUUGAACCUCCUAAAGUCCUGGACUGACUCAGACAUGAACAAGCUCCUGCGGCUCCUUGCUGAGAGCUGGAGAAGAAAUAUGCCUCUGCUCUACUCCAACCAGGAGCUUUUUCUACCCAUCAGGGCCAAGGGAGCUCCAGUCCAAUACCUGCACAAGGUGACCUCUUUUGGGCAGAAAAGUGAGCUGGCACCCUCUGACAGCCAGCUGGAUGGAAAUGUUGAUUCAAUGGUAACAGCAGCAAACAGCAACUCAGUCAGGAGUGUAUCCAGGCUUAGCAGAAGGAAAUAUACUUCAUCUGCAUUUAAUGCCACAUCAUCUUCCAAUUUGACAGAAAAACCACAAACAACCUCAUUAACUUUCCAUGCAACUCAUUUUAGAGCCCUGAGUUCAGAUGACAGGACUGAACUGAACGCAGCCAAAGUAACAACUGAUUGUUUGGAUGCCCUGACUGACUUCUUUGACUUCAUGUCAUAUCUGGAUGCCACAAUACCAUCUGCAGAACCACUUAUUUCAGACCCAUGCAGAUCAGAGUUUGUCUGGACAGGAGCAGAGAUGAAGGACAGCUUGCUGGAUGAAAUGAGAGAGGGGGAACAGGAGGGCCGAUGUUGUCCCCAGGACAUGUUGUUAGAUAUUCAGGCUGCUGUUGAGGGUUUGGGGUUUCGCAGAUGCUGGAGGAGAGUGUCUGAAUCGUGGACCGAAGCCCAGAGAUGCAUAGAGGAACUGGGAGGCACAAGGUGGGGGAGGCUGGUGGAGACACCGGAACUUCCUGUGUCUGUCAAUAAAGAGAGCCUCAGCUAUAGUUUUCAACCUCUCUGUGCACCAAGUGUGUCCCAAAGGAGAUAUGAGCUAAGCAGGACAGUACUUGGCAGUCAGUCCUUCAGUCUACUGGGGAAUAGACAGGCUGUCACUGUGGACUACAUGCCUGUCCUCCGCUCCAUAUGUCGCUCUCAGAGACCACAGCAACAAAGAGAGGAGCCAGCUAGGUGUCUGAACUACCUCAGCAGCAAACAUCUGGGCCUCCCAAGGUCAACAUUGCAACGCCUGGCAGAAGACUUCUCAUAG